AUGGUUAAUAAAACACAGAAUAUUUUAGAAGCAAUUGCAAUUCAUGGUCGUACGAUUCCAGAUUCUGAAAGAGCGUCGUUUUUUCUGUAUGCAAAGAUUAUGUCAUGGCCGGGAAGACGGGUAUCACUUCUGCAUUUAUCACAAGAUAUUACGUAUUUGCCUCAAUCUACACGCAUAUAUGUUCUAAAUAAUGACGGAACUGCUCCAGAAGAAACAGCAGCAACUAUAGCAUUAGGGAUUCCUGUUUUUGAAUCAUAUGAAAUAAUGUCUCCAGAAAGUAGUCCAUUUCAGCUUUCAGAUGAAUAUCGGCGUUCUCAACAAAAUUUUUCUCAGAAAUAUGAGCGUUCUUCAUCAUUGAGCUCACCAAUUGUGUUACGUGAUUCACCUAUGUUUUGUGGGAGAACAGGGCUAUCUAGUCUUCCAACACAAGAAAUUGUUGAGAAUACAGAAAAUGUGGAUACGGUACGUCGUCGUUCAAGUUCUUUGUUCUCAAUACGUAGUGCAAUACUUCCUAAAACUCAAUGUGUGGAAUCACAGAAAGCCCGGUCAAAUACUGAUUCACCUUUAAAAUCGAAACGAAAUUCACACAAUCCUAUAUCUUUUUCUAAGAAUCGUUUUGCCGGUGAUGAAUUUUUGAGAAAUUUUUGUCUACUUUCAUCAGAAAAAAAAGAAAAUAAAAGAAAAUUAUGUGAACAGAAAAAAAUAAUAACCGAUACAGAUCGAUUGCCUGAUGACCAUUCUAAAAUAUCAAAAGAAAACAGCUUUACUGAGAAAUUAGAAUCGGAUGUAUUUACUAAUGAUUCUAAUUUUUUUAAUACUAAAUGCGAUGAAAGCUUACAAACAGUUGACACUGAUGAAUUAACAACAGGUUUUAGUAAGUACGCUCCUCAGAUUGCUACAGUAGAACUUGAAGAUAUGGUUCUUUAUGUUUAUUUUCCUACCAAUCAAAUUAAAGAAAUUUUAAUAGAAAUAGAAUUUGUUUCCGUUAUUCAUGAAGCUACUGAUUUAGGCGCAGAUGGGCGUUGUUAUUGUUUAAAUUUGCAAUGUCUACCCAAUUGUCAAAAUCCUGCAAGUGUUAGGUUUGAUCUACAAAAAGUUAAUAACAAAAAUAUUCAUCUUUCAGAUACACAAAUUGUUACUGAAAAUUUAGAAGAAGGGAUUGACAAAAGUAUUAUAGAUGUUAUAGAUCUUACACAUGAAAAUCUUGAAAAAAGAUCAUGGCAAUGUUUUUGGCAGGUUCAUUUAGACGCAUUUGAUUAUGAAUAUCCGGGAACAUUAAAUGUCCAAACAAAAGUCGAUAUUAGACCUAUGAGAAAUGCUGUUGUAGUUGGUUUUUCUUCUAAUAUAAUAUUUCUUGAGCAAGAUAUUAAUCUUUCAAAAAACAUGUUAAAUAUGGGUUUAAUACAAAGAUUUCAUAUUUAUGGACCGCCUGAAUUACAAUUUGUAGCUAUAAAAUCAAUGGGGAUUUUACAUUGGAAAUGUGAUAGGAUUCCAGUAAAAAAUAAUGAGUCUGAUUUAGAAGCAAUUUCGACACAACCUGAUAUCUAUGAUUAUGUUAUCCGAAUAACAAGAAAAAAAGAAUACGGACUUAGUGAUUUACUUAUUGAGUCAGAGGUUAUAAUUCCAGAGCCGCUUUCAACAUUAGUACUUGCAUCAUGUUUACAUAUUCCUUAUUUUAAGAUUGAUUCAGAAAUUAUUCAGUUUAUGAAGACAUCAUUACCAUUAAUAUCUUAUCUUAUUGAUCCUGAAAUGCAAACUGGCUGGAAAUUAAUUUCUUCUAGCAAAGAUGAUUUAUUAGAUGGAUCUCGUGUAUUAGAAUAUCAGCGUAUUUCUAAUGAUUCUGGUUCACUGGAUAUUCAUAUUGAAAAAUUAUCACCUCUAAAAAUGCUUAAAGAAGCCUUGUAUUUGAAUUCAGAGAAUUAUAUUGAUAAUGUUGACAUUGAAAUUUUUUCAUUAUCAGUUUUACAAUACUGUUUAUUGUAUAAGCAUGAUUCUAAUCCUUCGUUUAUUACUUUAAAUGGUAGGAAAAUGUCUUCUGGUGUUUAUUCUAGAUUCAAUGGCGAUAUAUAUGUUUUGGCAGAUGAUUGGCUUUAUAAAGAUUCAUUUCUUAAAUUUGAAAUAGGUUGGGUAAAGGAUAUAUCAAAUCAUAAUUUAGACAGAUUAAAUUUACCUGUUCUUCCUAAUAAUGGAAUUAAAAAUAUGACUAUCACUGUAGAUUCUGAUUUUGGUAAAAUUAUAGAAUUUAAUUCUGACAAAGAUAUAGACUCUAAACUUAAAGUUAAUAAAAUAAGUAAACGAAAUAUAUCUUCUUCAGUAGUAUCAAGUAUUUCUAUUUUAAAGAUAAACACGAAAAAAGACAUUAAUAAAAGAAAAAAAGAAUUAACACGAAAAAAAUUAAUAUUUAGGAUAUUUUUUGUUAUUUUUCUGUUUUUCUUAAUCCCAUUUUUAAAUUCAACACAUUCUUUAAAUAAAUUGAAAAUGAAAAUAAACAGAUCUUUAGAUAUAUUUCAAAGAUUUAAAAAUACGUAUUCAGAUUCUACUAUAUUAAUAACUAUAAAUGAGCUUAAUCAACGUCUAAAUAAUUAUGAAUUAUAUAUUAGAAACUUGGAGAAUAUUAUUUCUGAAAACUCUAAUUGUUGUCGUAAUUUUACCACUAAUUCUUCUGAUAAGGUAGUUUCAAAAAAUGGGAAUAAUAUGUGGUUUGCUGAAAGACAACGUUUCAAAAAAAUGUUUGAAUGGUAUGGUUAA